GGCUCCUCAAAAGUAUCCAAAUAUCUAACUAUCUAUAUAUAUAUAUACAUACAUACGUACAUGCACAUCCAAGAUACACCUACACAUAUACAUGUGUAUUAUAUUAUAUAAUAAUUAUAAGAAUUAAAAUAAUAUAUUUGAUAUCCAGCCUUAUUCUUCUUUCUCUAUUCAUUAUAUCCAUUAUGAAAUUACCAAACACUUUCAGUCAACUUCCUACCCUCUCCUCCGAGACAAUGUAUCUAUAUGUUGCCGAGGAUCGAUUUGUCUUCACCAGAGGCAAAAAUAUUCUCGAGAUCGCUUUUGAGGGUCAACUGAUGACCAGAUUAGACAAUUAUGAACCUUCAAAGGAUGUCAGUAUUUAUGAAGUAUAUGGCAUAGUCGGUAUCAUGGAAGGUGGUCUCGAAAAGUACCUUGUUGUCAUUACACAUGUCCAAACACGCGGUCUCAUCUUUGGGAAACCUGUGUACUCAAUCGAAAAGGUUGCUUGCCUAAGUUUCAAUUCUACUAAAGCUAAAGAUAGACUCAAUGCCAAGGCCAAGGCUAUUAGAACACCCGAAGAUUCUGAGUCUGAUGAAGAGUUCCCUGUAGAAACAAUCAAAUCUACAACUGACACAAAGACCGAGAAUUUUACGCCGAUCAAAUUACCUCCUCCCGGAUCAGGUCCUUUGACCUCACCCGAUGGUACCAAUAUCCAACCACCUAUCCUGCAUCCCUCAAACUCAUUGAUCACUCGCCUAAAGAGAUCUCUUGGAAAGAAAAAGAAUGAAGAAAGACCAAUUCUGAACGAUGGAGUGGAUGAAGAAGUAAAUGAACCGAUGGUGAUCAAAGAAGAAGAUAUUGUGGAAUCAAAGUCCGCCGAGGAAGAUAUAUCUUUGACAUGGACAACAAGUGAAGACACAGUUUUGGAAAAUCGAUUGCUGAGCCAAGUAACAGAACUCUUUGGACGUUCAAUGUUUCUAUUCUCCUAUGAUCUCGAUAUCACCAACAGCUUCCAAAAGACAUAUGAAAAAACCAAGGUCGAGCCUUCUUUACUUGACCUUCCACUUUAUAAGCAGGUUGAGAAACGGUUUUGGUGGAAUGAACACAUAUCGCGUGAUCUCAUAAAGCAAAAGCUGGAUGAAUGGGUUUUACCGGUUAUGCAAGGUGCAAUGCAAUUGGAACCCUGUGAAGUGGAUGGGUACCCCUUUGAUUUUGUAUUGGUUUCUAGAAGAAGUCGCGAAAGAGCAGGUAUGCGUUACCAGCGAAGAGGAAUUAAUGAACACGGUGAGGUUGCCAAUUUUGUUGAAACAGAACAAAUUGUCUUGUUCGAGAGAGAGGGAAUUCAACAUGUUGUUUCUUACAUACAGACACGAGGUUCAAGUACGGUAUCCCCUAUUAAAAUUCCUGUUUUCUGGAGUCAAUCACCUUAUAGCUUACACCCUGCCCCUACACUCGAACGUACUGAAGCCGAGAACGAUGAUGCUUUCAAAGCUCAUUUCUGCAAACAAGAGAGUCUGUACGGAAAGCAAAUUGCUGUCAACCUAACUGAGCUUAGUGGGCGCGAAUCUAUUGUCGGGCAAGAAUAUCGCAAGCACGUAGAACACCUUGGAGACCCUAAUAUAAAAUAUGUAGAGUUUGAUUUUCAUCGAGAGACAAAGGGUAUGCGAUUUGAGAACAUCAGUAAGCUUAGUACAAGCCUUUCUGAUGAUCUGUCAAAGGUUGCUUAUUUCUGGGAAGCGGGUGAGCCUGGUGCUGAGACAGUAUAUUGCAAACAAACGGGUGUUUUCCGAACAAAUUGCAUGGAUUGUCUUGAUCGUACUAAUGUUGUUCAGAGUGCCUUUGGACGCAGUGUAUUGAAUCUUCAGCUUAUGCGUUUUGGAAUCACUGAGUAUCCAGAUAAGGGUAUCCGAUUCUAUGAAGAAUUUGAGAAACGAUUCAACAAUGCAUGGGCCAAUAAUGGAGAUAUGAUUUCACGCAUGUAUGCUGGAACUAGUGCUCUCAAGGGUGAUUUUACACGUACUGGAAAGCGCAAUAUUACCGGAAUGAUGAAUGAUGCAUCCAACUCUUUGGCCCGUAUGUACUUUAAUACCGUCAAAGAUUUUUGGAGACAGGCAACUGUAGACUUUGUGUUAGGUAAAAACCUUUGGGUACUAACGAACAAUGCAGGCUAUCAUAAGUUUGAGAUCUUUAGACACGUACCCCAAGCUACUUUGAUGUCAGCCGAGCCAGGUAUCGAGAGACGAUGGGCAAAAAUCAGAUCUGAUGCUGUUGAAAUCAGUAGUGAGAUAGUUAUUGCUGAUGAUGAAGUCAAGAUUUCUGGAUGGACAUUAUUGUCGCCUGUGGAAACACAAAAACGGAACGCCAAGAAGUUUGAAGAAAAGGUUGUGCUCUUGACAGAAAAGGCUAUCUAUGUAUGCAGUUACAACUACAAUCUCGAAAAGGUUGUUCAGUUUAAGCGAAUUAGCUUGGAUACGAUUAUUCACCUCCAGAUUGGAGAGUACAUUCUUUCAUCACUCUCACCGACUUCCAGACGACCUGAUCAAAACUACGGAUUUCUGCUAUUCUACAGAGCAAACGGUGAGAUCGUUCGAUGGAACACUGGCAGUAUACGCAAUCAGAGUCUAGGAGAUUUAAAUAUUGACUCCAACGAGACGAAUUCUCGGGGCGAUUCUGGAAGAAGACACGACAGUGAUGACAACAGCUCAGAUUCAUCCGAUAGUGAUAGCGAUGGAGAUGAUGGAAAUGCAUUUGUGGCAUUCAAAGCCGUACGCUACAACGCACUAGGAGAGUUACCAGAAGACAAAGUAUUGAAUUGCCGGGACCAGGUCAGGAAGAUCGUUUCUGAAAUUGCAGAUGCAUGUGGACACAGUACAAAAGAUGAACGAUUUGUUGAACACAAGCCUAUAAUAAGUCUUGAACAAGCUGAAAAAACCGACGGCAUAUUUAAAACAAUGGGAUAUAAGAUCAAGAAAGCCAUCUGGAUCUAGUUUAAUAUCUUGGAUGAAUUACAAUAUUUACCUCUUUCUUUAACUACAUUAAUCGACAUCACUCCCCAUUUCUCUGUAUUUUUACAUCCUCAAUUAUACAUACAAUCACCUACCAAUAAUUGUCAAGGACCGCUUUAAAGCUUACCAAAACGAAAAAAAAAACAAAUAUAUAUAUAAUUCUCUGCAAUCGUAUUAAUAUUUACUUUCUUUCGCGUGGUAUUAAGUAUCAAUACAACAUGGC